CCAGGGUCCUCGGCAUUUUUUUGCUAGCUGUGCACCCAGAAUCCAAAAACAUUUUAGAAAGAAAGAAUCCACAGUUCUUUUGGUCAUCCGAACAGGGCUACGAAAUCGCUCUACUGGACAUCAGCACCAGGGAUUCAUUUUUGAGGUCAAUUUCCAAUCGAGAUAAAUCUAUUGGAUUAGUAGGAUUAUCUGAUUGCAGCUGAAAGAAGUAACGUUGUUUGAUCAUUUGUAUUUCUUGCCUGAUGCUCGGAUUUACAUGGAGGUGGCUUGGGGUCCUAAGGAUUCUGGAUCGUGGUUGCAGCUGGAGAGAAAAAAGGAUCAAUCGACACGUUUUGGAAGUGUCCGUGGGUGAAUAAAAAAAAAAAAAGGAAGGGGGGGGCGCAAAACUGGGGUUGCGGCUGCUUCGAGAAGAAAAAAAGAAAACAAAUAAAGGCAGCAUCUUGAAUUGUCAAACAAGAAUUACCGGAUGCUCAAGAUUCCAAAAUCAGCGUCUAGGAACUGGUAAAUACUUGGAGCAAUUCAGCUUGUAUUUGACGGCGAAGUGUUGUAGAAACUGUCUCCUUGAAUUAUUGGAAGGGGACUGGGGAAAGAUGAGGGGGCUCGCUCUGUGGAUUUAUCUUACUGAGGGAUAUAGACCUGCAGCUAACUGGAUUUGAUUUGUAAGCGGGAAAUGUACAGUCAGUGGCCACUCUCACCACAUUGCUACGAUGGAAAACAGAAUAGUCAAUAGGAUAUGGUCUGAUAAAUAGUGAUGAUUGAAGAUGCUACUUCAAUACACGUGAAAUCAAUGGAGAUACUGGCUGCACGAAGAGCUUUCUGAGCUUUUCUUGACAAACUCGCCUUUAAGAAAUCAGAGGGGUAGUCUACCAAUAUACGGUUUUUCUCAAGUGGAUACAAAUACCUGUGACUCACUGUAACCAGACAACUGUACAACUAAUGUGGGACCAUGGCAGUGCCCAGAUGCACGUGGCCAGAUUAUGUUUGGAGAGCAGUCACGGCCUGCUUGGUACACAGGGGGUUGGGUGCCUCAUUGACUCUUUGUGUGUUAAGCUGUUUGCUUCACGCUGCCCAUGUGCUCACACAAAAAUUGGAUGAUGCAGACCCACUGGUGACUACCAACUUUGGCAAAAUAAGAGGGAUCAAGAAAGAACUCAAUAAUGAAAUUUUGGGUCCUGUUAUUCAGUUUCUUGGUGUUCCGUAUGCAGCCCCGCCGACAGGGGAACAUCGUUUUCAGCCUCCAGAACCACCGUCUCCUUGGUCAGACAUCAGGAAUGCCACUCAGUUUGCUCCUGUCUGCCCCCAGAAUAUCAUCGAUGGCAGAUUGCCAGAAGUCAUGCUUCCUGUGUGGUUCACUAAUAACUUGGAUGUGGUUUCAUCGUAUGUACAAGACCAGAGUGAAGAUUGCCUGUAUUUAAACAUAUACGUCCCAACUGAGGAUGAUAUUCGGGACAGUGGUGGUCCCAAACCAGUGAUGGUAUACAUCCAUGGUGGCUCAUAUAUGGAAGGGACUGGAAAUUUAUAUGAUGGGAGUGUCUUGGCAAGUUAUGGCAAUGUGAUCGUCAUCACAGUCAACUAUCGACUUGGGGUACUCGGUUUCUUGAGCACAGGGGAUCAGGCUGCAAAAGGAAACUAUGGACUCCUUGAUCUCAUACAGGCUUUAAGAUGGACUAGUGAGAAUAUUGGAUUCUUUGGUGGUGACCCCUUAAGAAUCACUGUUUUUGGAUCUGGCGCUGGGGGUUCAUGUGUCAAUCUGCUGACUUUAUCCCAUUAUUCUGAAGGUAACCGUUGGAGCAAUUCAACCAAAGGACUCUUUCAACGAGCAAUAGCUCAAAGUGGAACAGCCCUUUCCAGCUGGGCUGUUAGUUUCCAACCUGCAAAAUAUGCUAGAAUGUUGGCCACAAAAGUUGGUUGCAAUGUUUCAGAUACAGUAGAGUUGGUGGAAUGCUUGCAGAAGAAGCCUUACAAAGAACUUGUUGACCAAGAUAUUCAACCAGCACGAUACCACAUAGCCUUUGGACCUGUGAUUGAUGGUGAUGUGAUACCAGAUGACCCUCAGAUACUGAUGGAGCAAGGAGAGUUUCUCAACUAUGAUAUAAUGUUAGGAGUUAACCAAGGGGAAGGAUUAAAAUUUGUUGAAAAUAUAGUAGAUAGUGAUGAUGGUAUAUCUGCUAGUGAUUUUGACUUUGCUGUUUCUAAUUUUGUUGAUAACUUAUAUGGAUAUCCUGAAGGCAAAGAUGUUUUGAGAGAAACCAUUAAAUUCAUGUAUACUGACUGGGCUGACCGUCAUAACCCUGAAACCAGAAGGAAGACGUUAUUAGCUUUGUUUACGGACCAUCAGUGGGUGGCACCAGCUGUGGCUACAGCAGAUCUUCACUCAAAUUUUGGUUCACCCACCUAUUUCUAUGCCUUUUACCAUCAUUGCCAAACAGAUCAGGUUCCAGCCUGGGCUGAUGCAGCUCAUGGAGAUGAAGUUCCCUAUGUACUAGGAAUACCCAUGAUUGGACCUACAGAGUUAUUUCCUUGCAAUUUCUCCAAAAAUGAUGUGAUGCUGAGUGCUGUCGUAAUGACAUACUGGACAAAUUUUGCUAAAACUGGUGACCCAAAUCAACCAGUCCCUCAAGACACAAAAUUCAUCCAUACCAAACCCAAUCGCUUUGAAGAAGUAGCAUGGACCAGAUAUUCCCAGAAAGACCAACUUUAUCUCCAUAUUGGAUUAAAACCAAGAGUUAAAGAACAUUACAGAGCCAAUAAGGUAAACCUCUGGUUGGAGCUGGUACCUCAUCUGCAUAAUCUCAAUGACAUUUCCCAGUAUACCUCGACAACAACUAAAGUGCCAUCAACUGACAUCACUUUCAGACCUACAAGAAAAAAUUCCGUACCUGUCACAUCAGCCUUUCCCACUGCCAAGCAGGAUGAUCCCAAACAACAGCCAAGUCCAUUUUCAGUGGAUCAAAGGGACUACUCAACAGAGCUGAGCGUCACUAUCGCCGUUGGAGCAUCACUGCUGUUUCUGAACAUCUUGGCCUUUGCAGCCCUGUACUACAAAAAGGAUAAGAGGAGACAUGACGUUCACAGGAGAUGCAGCCCUCAGCGCACGACUACCAAUGAUCUGACCCACGCACAAGAAGAGGAGAUCAUGUCCCUGCAAAUGAAGCACACUGAUUUGGAUCAUGAGUGUGAGUCCAUCCAUCCACACGAGGUGGUUCUCCGGACCGCCUGCCCCCCAGAUUACACACUAGCUAUGAGGAGGUCACCUGAUGAUGUUCCCUUAAUGACACCCAACACCAUCACAAUGAUUCCCAACACUAUACCAGGGAUUCAACCCUUACACACAUUCAAUACAUUUACUGGAGGACAGAACAAUACUCUGCCCCAUCCCCACCCCCACCCCCAUUCACAUUCAACAACCAGGGUAUAGCCAGAUAAGAGAAACAAACUAUUUUUUUGAUGGAUUGCAGUAAAAGAUUGCUGAAGAUUCCUUGGCUUUCAACCUACAAGACUCUUACUAUUUAAAUAAGGAGGAAUAUUAUGUGAAUAUACAUAUCAAGAACUUUGGGGGUUUUGAAAAAAAAAGAAUUGUACAUAUAUACACAAAUCAACUUUAAAAGCGAAUUUCAAUUGCUUGAAGCAGUUGUUCUGAAUGAUACUUUUUCAUUCACAUUCAAGAAUUAAUUUUUUGAAGAUUUAUGUUACAUAAUGGAAGUAGGCAUGUGGAACACCAAACAGGAAAGAACUAUGUCUGAAAUAUAAAAUAUAAAAAUUUAAAAAAUAACCAUGAAUAUGCACAAGGGACACACCAAUGGAAUGUCAGAUAAUUUUCACCAGUUUUUAUUUGGAGCUGUUUUAUUGUGUAGACCAUAUUUACAUAUUUGGAUAAGUACACAAAGCACCAAUGCUGUUAAUGGCCUUAGCAGAGGCUCAUGCUGAAAUUUGCCAGUAAAACAAAGAAGUUUAAAGACUGGCAGGUACAACAUUAUCACAUAAGUGCUGUCAGUAUAAAGUUGUGGGGAUAAAGGAAACUGGAUAUUUUUAGCACGAUGUGCAUGAUAAUUUAUAUGCUUGGUGGCUGUGCUGUUGAUUAAGCCGUAAUUAAAAUUCUUCUCAUCCCACUGAAGUUUUUAAUAGAAGCUUCCUCCAUCAAUUGGCAGAAACUAAAGAAGAAUUUAGGGGGCAAAAGUAAUUACAAUAAAAUAAUUCACAGUAGUUUUGAUAAUAGAAGGAAUUAGUUACUAAAUGUAUCUGAAGAAACUAUAGGCAUAGUGGUGAAUACUCGCUGAUAUGAAUCCCAGAAAAAAAAAAAUUUCCUGUGUUUUUAAUGUUCUUUUCAUUCCCAUCUAAAUAUUUUCUAGAAAUAUAACCCUAAUCGGACAUAUGUUACAGAAUCUAUAAUUUGCUGUGGUUUUUGUUAUUCUGUAUUUUGUUCCUUUGGGUAAGGUGAAGUGUGUCCAAAGAGUAACUUGCAAGUCUUUAUGAUCUGAGGAUGCCCCAAAUUACCACUCUGAUUACAGUUCUCAGUUCAUUGAUUUACUCAUGUUGCAUGACAAAAUGUUUACUGAUAAUAAUUCAGUAUAAAGUUAUGUCCCUCCUCACAUCACUUAUCUUUCUCACUGAGGUUCCUUCACUGGAAUUUACUCACACAGUCUCAAUAGAGUGCAACGUAGAUAAAGAACCUAGAAGGAGCGUCAACACCUGGAGGAUUAUAGUCUUACACGUACGUGUGAUUUUAAAUGAAUAGUCUAAGACCACAGAAAACUCUUCAUCCCCUUGUUGUUUACCAGUAACAGUAUAUCACAGACCUUUCCAAAUGUUUGUAUAUGUAAUCAGAUGUACAUUUAUAUUAAAAAAAAUCGAGAUGGACUUAAAGAGCACAUCCUGAUAAAUACUUUCUCUCUUACCUGUACUAUAUUUCUAUUAGACUAAAGUUAUGUGAUUUUUUUUUACAUUUUUUCAGAUGACUAGCAAUUUUGAUAGUUUGUAAGAUAAUGCAAAGAACUUUCUCUGACAAACUAACUGCAGUAACAGAAACCUUUCUUUUCAGUUACUCUUUUUCAAGAAUGAAAGCUUAUUAUACAAAAAAAAAUUGUAUACUACUUGAUGGAAACAACUUUGUACAUCUUGGCCAUGUCAUUGGUCAUUGCGUGAAAUAAAGAUAAUAAUGACUAUUAGUCCAA